UGAACAUGGUAUAGUGAUGCUCACUUUCGGAUGGAAUUCACUCAUUAUGAAGGCUGUUCAGCGCUAAGUCUGCUGCUGAGCGCACGCGAGAGACCGGUUAGGAUGAAGACGCAUAGCCCGCGUGGGAACUGCACGGAUUAGUUUGCAACAGCCAACUCCGCUCGCGCACAACAAGACUUCUUACAAUUGUCGUCACAUAUUGCUCGCUGGACAACAUUUAGCCGCACGCGCGCAAAAUCUAAACGUCCAUUCCUUUUAUCCGCGCGCAGUGACGCCUCCUUGCUGUCAUGUAGGGCUUCAUGUGAACGCAUUACUGUUGACCGAUGGGACACAAACAGAGGGUCACUCGAUGUGAGGAGGCAACGUGCAGAGUGUCCACCGUGUUUACAAGGAUCGAAUAAUUUUGGAAAAGAGAGCGAAUUGUGGCAGUACUCUUGAAAAAGUUCAGUUCCAGCCGCAGGGGAGCAGGUCGAAACGCUUAUCAUAUCUAACAGGGAACACUGACUGAGUGUUGCGCGUGACUGGUAUCGCGUCUGAAUAAACCAUUUACACCUGACUCCGAGGACCUUAAAAUCUCAAACUCGACAGAAGAUUAUUUACUGAGGAUUAAGUGUCCAUCGGAACCCCCAAAUUAUACGGAUAUAUUGCCUAUAAUAAUAACUAAUCUGCAACUGGGUGAAAAUGAGGCAGCGAUUCAAACGCGUGCAAAAUUCACCAGUUUAUUUCCAGUUGUAAGUGCAACACCGACCAAUCUAGGGGUGAAUAUCCAUUGUUUUUCAAACAGAGGUCUGUCACCCCGGAGCGGAGCAUCCGGACAGCUGCAUCUGGAGCAAAGGAGCGCUGUGCUGUUUGAAGGUUUCUGCAGACAAACACUGGAGCAAUGAGUCGCAUCCUCCACACACAGGUGUUGACCAUCUGGAUUACACUAAUCUCCAGGGCAACAGCUGACCUGACCUGCGACGCUCUGCUCCUACUCUCCACAAAUCUUACAGCUCGCACUUUCAUCCUAUGGAACCAGACGUCUAGUCCCACCAACUCUACAGGUUUGUUUUGUAAUACUUCGAUUGAUGGCAUUGGGACAUGCUGGCCCAGGAGCAGUGCUGGAGAAGUGGUGUCCCGCCCCUGUCCGGAAACUUUCCUCGGGGUCCGAUACAACACCACCAAUAAUGUGUACAGAGAAUGUCUUGCUAAUGGCACCUGGGCAAAGAAGGGAAACUACUCCCAAUGUCAGGAAAUCCUCAACGAGGAGAAGAAAAGCAAGCUGCAUUACCACAUUGCAGUCAUCAUAAACUACCUGGGACACUGUAUCUCUCUGGGAGCCCUGCUGGUCGCCUUCAUCCUCUUUAUGAGACUCAGGAGUAUCCGGUGUCUGAGAAAUAUCAUCCACUGGAACCUGAUUACGGCAUUUAUCCUGCGAAAUGCCACCUGGUUUGUGGUGCAGCUCACCAUGAAUCCAGAGGUGCAUGAGAGCAAUGUGAUCUGGUGCAGGCUGGUCACAGCAGCGUAUAAUUAUUUCCAUGUGACCAACUUCUUCUGGAUGUUUGGAGAGGGCUGCUAUCUGCACACAGCCAUAGUACUGACAUACUCCACAGACAAACUGAGGAAAUGGAUGUUCAUCUGUAUAGGCUGGUGUAUUCCAUUCCCCAUUAUCGUCGCGUGGGCCAUUGGCAAGCUGUACUAUGACAAUGAAAAGUGCUGGUUUGGGAAGCGGGCCGGCAUUUACACUGAUUAUAUUUACCAAGGUCCCAUGAUCCUGGUCCUACUGAUUAACUUCAUUUUUCUCUUCAACAUUGUGAGGAUCCUGAUGACUAAACUGAGGGCCUCCACUACCUCAGAGACCAUUCAGUACAGGAAAGCAGUAAAGGCCACACUGGUUCUUCUGCCCCUGCUAGGCAUCACAUACAUGCUGUUCUUCGUCAACCCUGGCGAGGAUGAGAUCUCACAGAUUGUCUUCAUAUACUUCAACUCUUUCCUAGAGUCCUUUCAGGGAUUCUUUGUGUCAGUGUUCUACUGCUUUUUGAACAGUGAGGUUCGCUCAGCCGUUCGUAAACGAUGGCAUCGCUGGCAGGAUAAGCACUCCAUUCGGGCACGGGUGGCGCGGGCCAUGUCUAUACCCACCUCUCCAACGCGGGUCAGUUUCCACAGCAUCAAGCAGUCGUCGGCCGUCUGACCUUAAUAGAAGCGAAGCGCCCGUCCCCGUUUCUUCUGCUUCUGCUCUUUCUGUCCUCAGCAAAUCAUCCAUGUCCUCUGCAAAACCCAGGGAUAACAGCUAUGGGCCAAACAGGGUAUGAUCCUCAGCUGAAACAUAGAUGAAGGGUGGAAAAUACACAAACAAUGAGGUCCACCUGCCGAACACAGUGAAGAAGAAUCUGUUUCAGAAACAGAUUAGAGCAUCGGUGGUCUCAGACAAUGAUGGGAGACUGUGGGAGGAAUCUGACGCACACAAAAAAGGUCAAUAAAUACAGACAGAGUGUAUUUAUUCAAUAGAUAAAGUUAUAAGUCGCAUUAUCUCCUCCUGAUCUGUUUUCCUAUCUUGAGUCUUCUCUGAUUGGAGACCUCAGUUUAUUCUUAACUUGUUUCCAGAACUAUCAGAGUAGGAUAAUCUUGAAUGUACUCUACAUGGCCAAAAGUAGUGUGAUUGUGAGCCAGACAUGUAUUUGAAUGGGAGCAAAUCCCUCCAUCCAUAGUCCAACAUCUAUUGGAAAACCUUCCAGAAGAGUCAAAGCUGUUAGGGAGGAUAAACUUAUUAAUGCCAAUAGUUUUGGAAUUAAAGGUGCAGUAAGCGAUUUCUGAGAAACGCUGUUGAAAGUGGAUCGGACCGAGCGCCAUGACACACUUGUAGCCAAUCAGCAGUAAGGGUCAUGUACACUCAUGAGGGGGGUGAGGUGCCUCAUGAGGUGCCUGUGUUGCAUAGCAUAUUCAUGAAUUUGGGGGCAGAGCUAUCAAUAUAGGGGUGUGAUCCCUAUCUUGUGAUCAAGGCAGGGGCGUGUUUGUUUUGGUGAUUUCAAAUAUCAACAGCGUUUCUCAGAAAUCGCUUACUGCACCUUUAAAGCAAGCAAGCACAUAUGCACUCUUAUUAAAAAAGGUUAAACAGGGUUCUAUAUAGAACCCUAGGGUUCUUGACUCAAAUUUAAAGAACCCUUUAUGCCAAAAUGGUUCUAUAUAAGGAGAAAUGUCUUAAACGAUUCCAUAAUGCUUUCAUGUUUGAUGGGUUAUUUCAUUUUUUUUUGUCUAGUGAUAAAGUAUGUUUACAAGCAUAGUUUUAUUAAGAUUAAAACAAAACUAAUUAUAGCUAAAUCCGUAAAAUGAUCCCAUGAUGGGAACCCCUAGGUUCUAUAUAUGAAGCACCUGACAGAACCCUUUAAGGUUCUAUAGAAGCUUUUCUUCUAAGAGUUUGAGUUCGAUGUUCAGGUGUCCACAAACUUUUGGCCAUAAAGUGUAUUAGUUUUAGGUUUUAGGAGUUUUAAAAGAAAACAAUGUAAUCAGAGGAAAAAAUCAGCAGUUUUCCAAUUGGAAAACAAACUGAAUAUCUUUGACAGAUCUCAGUGUGAGCUUUGAUUAUCGUUAUUGAAUCUUUUACUUUGGGGAUAAAUGUAUGGUGUUUUCUCCAAGUUGUUCAGAUUGUGACCCCUAUUCUUUUUCUUACUUUUCACUCGCUGCUCUACACGUUACUGCAGCAAGUAAUAGUUUCCUCUGAUUCUCAUAAAUUUCUGUGAGCUAUCUCAUUCAAAUUGGAUGCUUUUUGAUUUGAAACGAUGAGUACAUCUAUUGCUGCUUAUAAUGUGCAGUCACAAGUGCAAAAAUUGUAAACAGUUCUUACAAAGACGAAAGGUACAUGUUAAUGCUCUCUAAGCCAGUUUGCAUCCUGGGACUCAAGGAUAUAUCUAAACCCCGGGGAGAAAGAGGAAGGAAGCUCACAGGAAAGGGAACAACAUCGUGAAAGACUCUGAUGCCAGCUAAAGUAGAAGACUGCACGCUCCAGUGCUAAACACUUAACACAAUCUUUUAAAUAAGGGGUUUAUCUCAAACAAAGAAAGGAUUUUGAUUUUAUCCUGCAUUUGGAGCCUCAGCCAAGCGGGCGAUUGAAUGUAUUUCAAUUAAUCACUCCAGCUCUCCUUUCCAUGCACAGUUUCUUAUAAAUUCCCAGUUAUCAAGCAGGUUUACGAGAUGAUCAUAGUACUAAACACUUGGGAAGUUGACUCUUUCAAAAAAGACUAAUUCUAAUCACACAUGACUGAAGGUUGUUAUUGUUAUUGCACAAGAGCCUUAUAGGGAUAAAUUAACAUUUUACUCACCCUCAUGUUGUUCCAAAACUGUAUGACUUUCUUCCAACAAACACAAAAUGAGAAAUUUUGAAGAAUGUACAUUACCAUUUAAAAGUUUGGGGUCAAUAAGAUUUUUUUUUAAGAAAUUAGAAAGCACUUAUUUUAAUUUAAAAAUCUUCCACUCCGAUAUGUUAUUCACUUCAACAAAUCAGUGUCAGUAGCCGCGUUUCUAUUACAGAUUUGCGCAAAACUUUUGUGAUAUUUUCUAAAUAUUGAUAAAAAACUAUUGCGAAAUGACGGCAUUUCCAUUAACCGAUGUUAUGUGACUAAAGUCAUUCCAAAAAUCAUGGCAACGGAUGUUGGUAGGUGUACGUAUAUCCCAGCCACUGCACUAGGUUAUUUUUAAUAAAAGGAGACAUAGGCAUCCAAGCAUCGGUUAUCCAAGCAUUUAUGGCAAGGAAAGCCCUUUAUACUUGGGAUCGGCCACGUAUGAGGUGUUUCUGGGUGUUUCUCCCUCCUAUCUGCUUCAAGAUCUUGAUUCAAAUUGUGGCAUUUCUUUGUUGUUUAGAAUCCAGUAUUCCAGUAAUACUUUUGUCUUUUGUGUGUUUAAUGAAGAACUCUCGUCUUCUGUCCAAACAUACCGUGCCCUCUUUAAAGAAUGACUGACUUUUACAUACGGCAGGUGAUCUGUAAAUCCAUUGCCGUUUUGCGAAAUAUUCCUUUUUCGGAUUGCCUGAAAAACCACCUCAUGUGAGCCUAAAGACUUUUUGGCGAUAUACAGUAUGGGAGUUUUUGCAAAAUUGAUGUGUUUCCAUUGGGCGUAUUUUCAAUUCGCAAUUUCAAUUUGCGCAAUUAAAAUGGUAAUGGAAACGCGGCUAGUGAGUUAAACUCAAUCAGUUUAAUUUGUGAAUGAAUCUUUCAGACUGGUUUUGCGAACCUGGAAUAAUUACAUUUCAUGAUUCAAAAAGAUUUGACUCAAAAAUGAUCUGUUCACAAGGGAUUUGUGCUUCAAGAUGGAAAGUCAAAUGGGUUCAGAACAACAUGAGUCUGACUAAAUGAUGACAGCUUUCAUUUUUGGGUAAACUUUUCCUUUAAAAAUGUUAGUGGUUUAUAUGAAACAAGGUGCAUUUCAACAAUUACAUUGCUAUUGGUGGACCAUAUUUUUUCUAGCUUCUCUGGACAGCUGUUUUGUGUGCAAGGAAAUCUCUACAUUUGAAAUAUAGAUGAGUAGUGUGCUUUUGUGUUGAUCUAGGACCAGCUUCUCCAAUUCAAAUCCCAACAGAAUCAGGCAAAAGAAUCACCUCAGCAAAAUCUUUAUCAUUAGAGAGUCAAGAGAGAUCUGCAUGCCUCUCAUAGGGCCAUUUAACGUCUAUCCAUGUGUUAAAACCCUCGCUAAGCUGAGCCGCCAAUGACCGAGUCCUGUGACCGCUCACUGCUGACUCAGCACAGUAAAGCAGAUUUAGCUUUUGUGCUAUACAUCCAAUCAAUCACAUCUGAUAGGGAGAGCAAGGUUGUUCAAAAAAAACUGACUCAGGACCUCCAUCUAUGCCUCUGUGCUAUUCAGGCCUUCCUGAAGCUCUUGUGCAAGAAUCAUUUGUAAAGGCUUCAGCAGAUUCCACAUUCAGCCAUGCUUGUUGUGUACAUGUCCAUUAGACAUCUAGUUGUGUAUAUAUAUAUAUAUAUAUAUAUAUAUAUAUAUAUAUAUAGGAUGACUAGCAUUGUGGAGUUUGCUUAUUACCAUAUAGCAGUGUGUAUACCUGACAAACUGAGGACCAAUCUCAUGUCACUGCUCGGCUAGUAAACAGAAACACAAGUUUCAUUUUAGUGUUGCUACUACAUUUAGGACUAAGGCUUGUUCGGUUAAAUCUGUUUUGUUUUUAGAUGGUGCACACUGUCAUUUUGCAGAGACAAUAUUGAGAAUUUUGGAUGAUAUUAUACAAAGGUUUUGGGUCAGCAAGAUUUCUUUUUCUUUUUUCUUUUUUAAAUUAAUACUUUUAUUUGGCAAGGAUGCAUUAAAGGGUUAGUUCACCCCAAUAUGAAAAUUCUGUCAUUAAUUACUCACUCUCAUGUCGUUCCACACCCGUAAGACCUUCGUUCAUCUUCAGAACAUAAAUUAAGAUAUUUUUGAUGAAAUUCGAUGGCUCAGUGAGGCCUCUAUUGACAGCAAGAUAAUUAACACUUUCAGAUGACCAUAAAGCUACUAAAGACAUAUUUAAAACAGCUCAUGUGACUACAGUGGUUCAACCUUAAUGUUAUGAAGCGACGAGAAUACUUUUUGUGCACCAAAAUAACAAAAUAGCGACUUUAUUCAACAAUAUCUAGUGAUGGGCAAUUUCAAAAUACUGCUUCAUGAAGCUUUACGAAUCAUUUGUUUCGAAUCAGUGGUUCAGAGCACCAAAAUCACAUGAUUUCAGUAAACGAGACUUCGUGUUUUGAAAUUUCAAUAGUUCACGUGACUUUGGCAGUUUGAUUCACGCUCCACUGAUUCGAAACAAAAGAUUCGUAAAGCUUCGAAGCUUCAUGAAGCAGUGUUUUGAAAUCGCCCAUCACUAGAUAUUGUUGAAUAAAGUCGCUAUUUUGUUAUUUUUGACGCCCAAAAAGUAUUCUCGUCGCUUCAUAACAUUAAGGUUGAACCACUGUAGUCACAUGAACUGUUUUAAAUAUGUCUUUAGUGCCUUUCUGGACAUUGAAAAAGGGAGUGUUAUUGCUGGCGAUGCAGGCCUUACUGAGCCAUCGGAUUUUAUCAAAAAUGUCUUCAUUUGUGUCCCGAAGAUGAACGAAGGUCUUACGGGUGUGGAACGACAUGAGGGUGAGUAAUUAAUGACAGAAUUUUCAUUUUUGUGUGAACUAACCCUUUAAAUUGAUAUAAAUUGCAAUAAAUGCUUUUACAUUAUUACAAAAAAUAAAUAAAUUCUAUUAAACUUUUUAUUCAUGGAAGAAUCCAUUUGGUUUCCACAAAAAUAUUAAGCAAUGUUUUUAACAUUAAUAAUGACAAGAAAAUUCUGCUUUGCCAUCACAGGAAUAUAUUACAUUUUUAAAAUAUAUUCAAAUAUAUUAUUGGAAAUGUAAUAAUAUUUCACAAUAUUACUGUUUUUACUGUAUAUUUGAUCAAAUUAAUUUAGCCUUGGUGAGAAUACAAGGAUUCUUUCAAAAACAUCUUGCAGACACCAAACUUUUGAACUGUUGUGUGUGUGAUGUCGCCCCCGAAAGAUGAUUUAUAAAAAAAAAAAAAAAAAAAAAAAAAAAAAAACUUUGACCAUUUAGACUGAAAUGCAGAUUUAAAAUGACACCACAUAUGGAUAUUGUCCUUCCGUCUGUGGUUACUUAUUUUUUAAAUUCUGGUGUAAAAUGGCCUUAGUUUAUUUCAAAUUGCAAAAACAAAGGAAGAUCAAAUUAAUCAAAAACUAAAUGAAUCGUCCCAUCGAUUUGCUGGCUUGCCAGUAAAUAUUCAGACAGGACUCUCUUACAGCACAAUAUAUGCUGGACAAAAAUAUCAGGAGAUAUGGCCAGACAGUCAUUAGAGGUUUAUUUUGAGAUCAUGACUGUACAUUAUCCCACUUAUUAGAUGUAUGCUUUUCAUUUAAAUACAUAAAUGGACAUAAAAUAUUGAUUUAAGUUGAAAUUAUUUGAUUAUGUCAGGAGAAAGAGUCUGUGGAGUGCUAUUAAACUAGCACAGCAUAAGAAAUUAGUUUUGCGAGACAAUUGUGCAGUUAAGUGGUCAAAAAUAUCUGACUGCAACUGACCAGUCAGAAUCAAGUAUUCCAAAAAAAAAACCAUGUAACGAAAACAGAGAAAGCAAGAAACCAAGAAUAGCUGGGUGCUGAAUAGCAAAAUUCCACAGACAGUGAUGGAUAUGAUGUGGACAGAAAUGAGAGAAGCUUAGGUUACUAUUUAUGUCUAACAGAUCUGUUUGCUGGUGCAUGUGGAAUCGUGUCACCUGAGGGAUCUGAUUUAGCAUCGUAAGAAUGAAGACUAUCACAGCAUUGCUCAGACACACUCCAUCAGCCUUUGCCUGACUAUUUAUAGCAGUUUGACAGUAAACAGCUCAAAUGUUCACUUAGUAUCAAACCUAAGGGGCUACUUGUAGAAAGGCCCUUUAGAGACACAUACAAUCUAUACAACAUAAAAUAAUAUUAUAGCAUUUUAUCCUCUUAAAGAGCUAAAUUAGCGACAAGUCUAGUGAAUUAGGUGUUAGUUGGAGCCAUAUUCUUGUGCCCAGUAGUACCUGCAACGUCUAAACCCUUCAUAAAACAUAAUCCAGUGUCAUGUAUAUUGUUUACAAAUCAUUAAUCAAUGACUUUUGGACGUAGUGCCACCAUUCUUCUUGAUGCGAAUUGAUGGUUUCACUAAUAUGCUCUUUUCUCAGAACAUCAAUCUUUUCUUUAAAGGUGAAGUGUGUAAAUGUAUGCCAUUUUAUUAUGCAGACAACUAUAUGUAAGCCGAUCAUAGUUUGAAAAAUUGGCGCUGUGAACAUUGUUCUGUUUGCUUAAGCCGAUUUGAUUCAGCCAUUGAAUUUCAGGUGAGACUGCCUGGUGUGCUGUUAGUUUUCUAGAUGAUCAGAUUCUUGAUUUUCUCUUGGCAGGUCAUAAAACGAGUGGAGAAUCCUUUAUAGGAGGCACCCAAGCCAUAUCUCUCUCGGCUUUGGCCAAGCAACCACCCAGUGCUUAACUCAUUCUGAAUACCUUAGCAAGCACUAGAGACACAUAAAUGACACACUUCAGCUUUAAACCAAUUGUGAUUUGUGAGAUUGUGUGGCCUGUGUGUAGUAGUACCACCUGUUCAGUUCUAAUUUGUAUCUCUCUUUCUCUUUGGCUUUUGUUUGUAAGUCAUGUGACAGUCACCAUUCCAAAGCAAACCACCAUUCUCCAUACCCUUGAACAUAUGUGAUAUUCCAAAGUAAGGCACACAUGGUGUGCUCCUCCAACGUGCCUCAAAGAAGGCCUAAAACACAGUCUCUGCUUAUGACUUAUCAUUUCAUCUCUACAUAACUCAAUUACCUUCUACUGCUCAAAGAUAAAAAUGUUUAGACUCACCAUUCUUGGUAAGGUCAGUGUCUGUAUCAGAUUUGUUGGCCGCCAUCCUCCAGCCGGAAUUGUACGUUUUCAGUAUUAGUUCAAUCAUUUCUAUUAGUGUUGUCUUUUUUGUGUUGGUGAGCUUGAUUUUCUAUAUCUGGAGAAGAAAAAGACUGUGUUCUUUUGUUUCUUUUACUCACAUUUAUCACUAUUUUUGUCUUGUUUUCCAGUUAAGAUUGAAUACAUUUAAAGCAUAAAUUUACUUGAAAGUUAUCAUAUGUAAUCUUUUGUUUGUUUGUUUGUUUGUUUUAAGCAUAAAUGUAACAAAAUGUUCUUAGGUUUUUGGUAGGUAAAUGUAUCUUGUUUUAAAGGUGUUUAAGUUCUUAACUGGAAAACAACACAAAAAUACUGAUUAAGAAAAAUAUUUUUGCAAAGUUUUUUUCCCCCCCCUUUUUUUAUUUUUUAUUUAGAGGUUGUGAAGAAGUUCUUCCAAAGUUGUGAAAUGUACAGAAGGUCCGAACAAGUACAAGCUGUGUAGCUGUAUUUGUGACAAAGAUGUCAAUAUGUGAUCUUUUUUCGGGUAUUUCUGUUGUGUUUAGUCACUGAUGUGAAAGUGUACAAAGAAAAAAAUAUUUAUUUAUACAUGUAUGGCACAGAAAAAAGAAAAAAACAUAUAUAUAUAUAUCUAUAUAUUUAUCUCACUAUUUAAAUAGGUCAGAAAACACGAGCCCACAUGUGACUCAUAUCAAUAUAUUCAUAACAUUAUUGUCCAGAAUGUGUGAAGACAAUGUAAUCUUGUAUGUCUUGCUUUUGUGAUUCUGUGAGACAAUCUUUGCCAUCAUUUCUGUCAUUUCCUGCAGUGCUUCAAGAACAUUCUAUUUAUUACUUUUGCUCAUUUGUUCCUCUGUUUGUUUUAUGACUGAUUUCAUGUUUGAGAGAAUCUAGGAACUGUACAGAAAUUUAUAUUAAAUCAACUACACAAAGAGUAAAGUCAUAUGUUGAAGGCAUAUAGUACUGUGCUGAUCAAGAUGUGCAUUAAAUUGUUUUUCUUUUCUAAA